GUCGAGCAUUGACGAAACAAAACCCAUUCACGAGACUAUUGUUAAAUUGAAUAACAAAUCAAAGCCUUCCUCAAUGACAGAACGUAAGGAGAAUUCAUGCUGCGAAUCGUCACCAUUCCCAACCGGAUAUUCCGUUUCCGGAUACUCCGCUGCAUCAAUUGGCCCACGCUGAAGUCCUUCAAACCUCCCAGUAAUUAUUUACUGCGAUAGCCACCUGUCUCGUGUGACUCUGAACAAUAAAUCCUCGAUUAAACACAAUGGCCAUCUCCCCAUUCAAUUUCUCUAAAGCGGCUGACGCUGCCAAUAUCAUCUCGGAAUUUGUUGCUCGCGAGCAAGUCUGCACUCUGUCAGAUCUACACCGCGCCCUCUUCGACUCGUCGGCGGCUAAAAAGCAGCUGAACAUCGAGACAAGCCCAAGUUCUGUGGCUGUGGUUGUCUUGUGCGGCUCUGCAAUUCUUUCCAUUGUAGAGACUGUCGUAUCAACGGUGGUGAAAUUGGCAGAGACAGCCGGAGAUAAAUCAGUCGUUCUAGUCAUUUGCGGUGGCAUCGGGCACUCGACCCAAUUGCUGUAUGAUGCUGUAGCUCGACAUCCGAAGUACAAUAGCAUUGCUGGCCAAGUUCAGGGACAACCGGAGGCUCGGGUCUUCCAGACCAUUGUAGAGCAAUUCUUCCACCUUGAGGUUGAAAAGGGUAACCAAAUAACCGCCGGAAAGAACCCAACUCAGAAACUCACUAUCUUGAUUGAAGAUGCCUCAACAAAUUGUGCACUAAAUGCAGUAUGCACAAGGAAGGUAUUAGACCAGCAUGGAUAUACAUCACCAUAUUCUAUUGUCGUCGCUCAAGAUCCCACCAUGUGUCGACGUACAGUUGCUGCCUUUGAGCAAGUUUACUCUGAUAAGGUGGACGACACUCCUACACUUACGGGCUGGCCAACUUUCGUGCCCAGGGUGGCGGCUCAAGACUCUAUAACUCAACAUCAAGCGGGCGGCCUCACUUCUUACUUGCGGUAUGACAUUGCAGAGUGGGACAACAGCCAGAUCGAUGGUCUUUGGAGUAUGAAAAGACUCCUGUCUCUUCUUAUUGGCGAAAUUCCACGAAUGAGAGACGAUGAGAACGGAUACGGGCCACGAGGCAAAGGCUCUAUCGUACAUGUCGAUAUACCACAGGAUGUCGAGGAAGCAUGGAGUAUACUUGGCGAUGUUCUCGGGCAGAAGGUGCGAUAAUGCAAUGAAUACGCGUAGGUCAAGUGAAGUUGAAUGAAUACAAACAUACCAGAGCUAUAAAGAAUUGCCUUUGGUCAGGUCCACAUACCGAACCAAGCUUGAACCAACACCUUUAUGCCAUACCUUCAGUAGGCUUUCUGGUUUUUAGAAGUCUGUUCCACUGUUGAAAAUAUUUCUGAACGCCGAGUCAGAAUGAAGCGGAGUACACGGUACAGUGUUCAUCGUUGCCAUGUUUCUGUCCCACAAAAGGGAGUAUUGUCUUUAUACUAUUUAUCGGUAUAUAUCUGGAGUCUGAAGGAUAGGCCUAUAAGUAUCUAC